AUCCAGUUUGCAGACCAGAAGCAGGAGUUCAGCAAGCGCCCGUCUAAGAUCGGCCGGCGCUCUCUGUCCCGCUCCAUCUCCCAGUCCUCCACUGACAGCUACAGCUCAGCGGCGUCGUACACCGACAGCUCCGACGAUGAGACCUCACCCCGGGACAAACAGCAGAAGAACUCCAAAGGCAACGGAGACUUCUGCAUCAAAAACAUCAAGCAGGCCGACUUCGGGCGCAGAGAGAUCGAGAUCGCAGAGCAAGAGAUGCCGGCACUGAUGGCGCUGAGGAAGCGUGCUCAGGGGGAGAAACCCCUCGCUGGUGCCAAGGUGGUGGGCUGCACGCACAUCACCGCACAGACCGCUGUGCUGAUGGAGACUCUGUCAGCUCUGGGCGCUCAGUGCAGGUGGGCAGCCUGCAACAUCUACUCCACCCAGAAUGAAGUGGCUGCAGCUCUGGCAGAAGGAGGUUUCAGCGUGUUCGCCUGGAAGGGUGAGUCAGAGGAUGACUUCUGGUGGUGCAUCGACCGCUGCGUCAACGUGGAAGGCUGGCAACCCAACAUGAUCCUGGAUGACGGUGGAGACCUGACGCACUGGAUUUAUAAAAAGUACCCCAACAUGUUCAAGAAGAUCAAGGGCAUCGUAGAGGAGAGUGUUACUGGAGUCCACAGGUUGUACCAACUAUCCAAGGCGGGGAAGCUGUGUGUUCCAGCCAUGAACGUCAAUGACUCUGUUACCAAGCAAAAGUUCGACAACCUUUAUUGCUGCAGAGAAUCCAUCUUGGAUGGCUUGAAGAGGACCACCGAUGUGAUGUUUGGAGGCAAACAGGUGGUGGUGUGUGGAUACGGAGAGGUUGGGAAAGGUUGCUGCGCUGCCCUGAAAGCCAUGGGCUCCAUCGUCUACGUCACAGAAAUCGACCCCAUCUGUGCCUUGCAGGCCUGCAUGGAUGGCUUCAGACUGGUGAAACUUAACGAAGUCAUCAGACAAGUGGACAUCGUCAUCACCUGCACAGGUAAUAAGAACGUUGUGGUGAGAGAGCACCUGGACCGCAUGAAGAACGGCUGCAUUGUCUGCAACAUGGGGCAUUCCAACACCGAGAUCGAUGUGGCCAGCCUGCGGACCCCUGAACUAACCUGGGAGAGGGUUCGCUCACAGGUGGACCACAUCAUCUGGCCGGACGCCAAGAGGAUAGUCCUGCUGGCAGAGGGCCGUCUGCUGAACCUCAGCUGCUCCACUGUGCCAUUUGUGCUCUCCAUCACCGCCACGACCCAGGCUCUGGCCCUGAUAGAGCUCUACAACGCCCCCGAGGGACGGUACAAGCAGGAUGUUUAUCUGCUGCCCAAGAAAAUGGAUGAGUAUGUGGCCAGCCUACAUCUCCCGACGUUUGACGCGCAUCUCACAGAGUUGAGUGAUGAGCAGGCCAAGUACCUGGGCUUGAACAAGAACGGGCCCUUUAAGCCAAACUACUAUAGGUAA